AUGACGACUACAGGUACUUCUUCAAACGCAACUGUAGUUGACAUCGACUUAAACACUUCCAUAGAAUGGGAUGCUAGCACAAAGCCAUUGAUAGUGGAGAGACUGAAUAGGCUGUCAGAUGACAUAGCUAGUGCUCACAAGUCACAGAAUGACAAGGUUAUGAUAGAGUCAUUUGGCAAUAUGAGGAAAGUGCUCUAUGAUCAGUGCACUCUGACAACAAAGUCAAAGAUAUCGAUCAGACAGCUUUUAUCAUUGCUUUCACUUGAUUGUCUUAGAGUCGUCGACCUGACCUCAAUUCUAGCAGAUGUGAUAUGGCUUAUAGGAAUGGAGUUUGAAGGUGCCAAGAAUGAUGCCAGAUCAACUACAUAUAUUGCGACGAUCAAGGAGAUGGUUAAACAAUCAUACUUGACACAGGAUAUACUAUUGGAGAGACUCGAGUUGGAUUGGACAGAAGAGGUUGGCACCGUCAAAUCAAACAGUGUUCUAUUGCGAAGAUUGGGAAGGAUCAACACAAAGGAGAUGUUUACACAGGCCAAGUUCAAUCUGUUCAAAGAGGAGACUGAGGGCUUUGCCAAGCUUCUGGCACAGCUGAACAAAGGCGAUCUGUUGUCGCCUCUGACUCUCGAGGCCACAAUCCACAACAUCAGAGCACUGAUUGGCAGUUUCAACUUGGACCCAAAUCGUGUGCUUGAUUUGGUGCUCGAUGCCUACGAGCAGCACUUGGACAACAGCCAGUGUUUCCUACCGCUGAUCAAGCUCUUCAAACCCUCAGCCAUUCCCCAACUCCUAGGCUUCAAGUAUCAGUUCUACCAAUCGUCCGAGAUGAACCCAACUUUAGAGACACCACAAUCACUUCAUAAUCUCACGGCAUCAUUGCUGAGCGACCAUGUCAUUACAUUGGAACAGAUAUAUCCUCAUCUCAAUCCAUCAGAUGAGGAUCUAAAGAACCAAUAUCAACAAAAGAAGGAACAAGAGACAUCUGGAGCAGGUACUACAUUGAGCGAUAACGACCUCCAAGCACUGGGCAACCAAAAGUUUGGACUCUUGGCCUCUCUGCUCGAGAGGAACAACGUGGAGUACUCGAUGCAGAUGCUCUACAACCUUUCAUCAAUUGACCCAGCAUCCAAUCCAUUGAUAGCCAGAGCAUUGGUUAACACAGUGUCGAGCAUUGUUGACCCAAUUUACAAAGACAUAUCCUUUGCCACACUCAAGGCCACUCAGAAACCUGGAACGUUGAACUUCAAAGCAUAUGAAGCCAGCUCGGACAUGAUAUACAACCUUUUGCGAUAUCUAAAGUGUUACAUACCAUCUGGUAGUGCACUAUUCAUCAAGAUAUGUAGGAUAUUCAAGGAGUUGGUACAAUCACCAAACUAUGACCAGCAGUACAGAUCUGAUGUUGAGAACACAUUGACCACCGUCAUUUUCCCAUCCCUCUCUCUAAUGUCGACGCCCAAUCCAGCCAUGUCCUAUGAGGUCUGGAAUGUGAUCUCGGGCAUGGACUAUCACGUUCGCUACAAACUCUACUCUGACUGGAAGUCAAUGUACUCAAAGUACCUACCGCUCAUCGUUGCCAAGAUCGAGGCCAACACAGAGAUCAAGAAGAUCCUUCGACGUAUAUCCAAAGACAAUGUCAAGCAACUUGGAAGGACUAUUGGAAAGCUCACUCAUCCUCACCCAACAGUGGUCUUGGAGGCUGUCUUAUCAUCCGUUGAGAACUAUGACAGUCUUGUUCACCCCCUCGUAGACUCCCUUCGCUACAGUUCUGUUCUCAGCUUUGAUAUUCUAAGUUACUUACUAUUGGAGCGCUUCACAAUUCAAAGACCAAAGUUAAAGGCCGAUGGCACAAACAUUGCCAGUUGGUACCAGGGACUUUCAUUAUUUGUUGGAUUCCUCUAUCGAAAGUAUCCUUCAACCGAGCUAGAAGGAUUGCUUCAGUAUCUGGUCAACCAACUCAAGGACAACAACUCACUUGAUCUCAUCGUCUUGAAGGAGCUACUUUCCAAGAUGGGUGGUGUCGAGAUCAUUGAAGACCCACCUGACAACCAGGUCGAAGCACAGGGUGGUGGAGAAACCCUUCGCGAGGAGUCCAAUACUAUGAGCACCUCGAGGAACAUCAAGAAGGCCGUCACCAAACUGAAGGAGAAGCUAAUCGAGUCCAAGCUUGCCUUCCCCUUGUUUGUUCUUCUGUCCAAACAGAGGAUCAACAUCGUUCACAACAACGAACACACUGGCAACGUCAGAGGUAUCGCUGACCUACUAGACAAAUGUCAAGAGACAUUACUCCAGUAUACCGAGUUCAUCUCUACCACAGUGCCACCCAAGGAGUACAUCUCCUUCUUUGACAGUUUCGAGAGCCUUCCGACACUCUAUGGUCUGGAGCCCGAGACCGCCUUCCACAUCUACCGUCCAAUCAUGCCACAUUUGCACCUGGUUCACAACUAUGUGUUACACACGACCAACGAUCCAAUGAUUACGGGUGACCACAACAAGGACACACAUCAGAAGCCCAAGUGGGACAAGUCAAAUGGCGAGCCAAUCAAGGCCUUUGUCCAACAGUGCAAGAAGAUUGGCAGUAGUGAUUCAUGGGGCUUCAGUCCUGAACUCUACACCACAUUCUGGUCCUUGUCUCUCUACGAUAUAUUUGUUCCAGAGACAGCUUACCAAGCCGAGAUCACCAAGUUGACACAACAAAACGCUGAUCCUACCACCGACAAGGAGCUGGACAAGCUUACAGCCAGCAAGAAGAGGAAAGAGAGAGAGCGCCUAAUCAAGAAGCUCAAGGAGGAGUUGGACACUCAACAGAUCAACCACAAGCAUGUCAUGGAGCGAAUCAACUCGGAGAAGGAUCGCUACUUUGAUCAGAACAUGCCCAAGUUCACCAUGUACUUCAUUCAGUACUGUUUGUACCCACGUGCGUCCUUCUCACAAGCAGAUGCACUCUACUCUGCCAAGUUUGUUCAAUUGCUGCACUCGUUGAACACGCCAAACUUCUUGACACUCUCCUACUUUGGCAAUGCGUUCAAGAUCAUCGAUUGUCUGAUUGCAUCGUCCACCGAGUUUGAGGCCGUGCGAUGUGGAAGGUUCCUCGCCGAGACACUAUCAAUGAUGAGUCGCUGGAGGAACAACGAUGUGUUUGAUAAGGAGUGCCGCAAUAUGCAUGGCUUCCUGACUGACAAGGGUGAGCGACCAACCUACGAGCAGUUCAUUGGAGCUACGACCAAGUGGCAUAUGGACAUCUGUGGGGCAUUCUCUGCGUGCCUCAAGUCUUCAGAGUACAUGAUCAUUAGGAAUGCCCUUCUUGUGCUAUCAAAGCUCAUCAAGGUAUUCCCAAUUCACAGGAAGACAUUCAACGAGAUCAGUGAGCUUGUCACCAAGAUCAAGGAUGGCAUGCAGGAGUUGAAGACUCUUGCCACAAGGUAUCUCUCACUCUUGGAUAAGAACAAGGAUAUGAUGUUGCCAGACGACACAAAGAAAGCCAAGCCAACUACACCUCAGAUCACAAACGUUGAGGCAAGCGCAACAGUCUCAUCGUCAUCGACAGGAUCAACAGUAGCGGCGACAACAGCAGCAUCUUCAGCUCCGUCAUCAUCCUCAUCACCAGCAACAUCAGUCGCUCUCACUUCCUCUACAUCAUCUACAUCAAAGACCACAUCACAGAGUUCCAACACCACUCCGGCCGGUGUCUCAACAGCAGUCCACAAUGGCAGUGAUAAGAUGCAUAUCGAUGAGCCAGAGAAGAAGGAUAUUAAGUCUACACACUCAAGGAAAGAUGACAAAGAAUCAGCCUCUACCACACCAAGGUCCAAGGACAAGAAUGUCAAGGAUACUACUACCAAGGACACCAAGGAUACUGCUAAGGAUACGACCAAGGACACCAAGGACAAGGACAAGACUGUUCCCGCAUCUACUGGAGUGCCAAUCAAGUCGAUCGUGGAUAGUCGCCAACCAAGAGAGAGGUCCACUACGACCACUACUACAACGACAAGUGACAAGAAGGCAGAGUCUACCACAUCAAAGGACUCCAAGAUAGACAGGGAGAAGGAGAAAGAAAGACUUGAGCGAGACAGGGAAAAGAUGGACAAGGAGAGGCUGGACAGAGAAAGAGAAAGAGAGAGAGAGAAGGAUAGAGAGAAGGAGAGGCAAGACAGAGAGAGACAGGACAGGGAGAGAGAGAGGGAGAGAGAAAAGGAGCGCGAACGUGAGGCAGAGAAGCUGGAGAGAGAAAAAGAAAGGCUGGAAAGGGAUCGUCACCUCGAGAAGGAGAGAGAAAAGGAGAUCAGAGAGAAGGAGAAGGACCGUAUUGAUAGAGAGCGUGCACUCGAGAAAGACAGGGAGAAGGAUGUCAGAGCAGGAGAUAGAGAGAGAGAUCCUGUUCGUGAUAGAGGUCACGGCGAUAGAGAACGUGAGAGCGAAAGACACAGAGAGCGCGAUAGGGAGAGAGAGAGAGACCGUGAGAGAGAAAGAGAAAGAGAAACCUUGAGAGAGAAGGAACAAAGAGAGCUGAGAGAGCAACGUGAACAACGUGAACAACGUGAACAACGUGAACUACGUGAACAACGUGAACUACGUGAACAAAGAGAACAGAGAGAGCAAAGAGAGCAAAGAGAGCAAAGAGACAGAGACAGAGAAAGGGAUAGAGAAAGAGACAGGGAGAGAUCAGAUAGAGACAGAGAGAAUGGUAUUGGACGAGGAGACAGCCGCGAAAGAAGGGACACUUCAUCCGUUCAUCAUACCGAUGACGACAAGUCGAGAGGUGGUUCAAAGAGAAAGGAUGAAGGCACUCUACCAAGUAGAGACGAAAUCAACAGAAGGGAUGACAGAGAACACUCACACAAGGCCGACACUAGGGAUCAAUCGACAAAGAGGGAUGGGUCUUCAUCAUCCGCUUCUUCCACAUCAUCCUCUGUGUCGUCCAGAGAGCCUACCAAAGAUGCCCAAACUCUACGCGAUAAUCUUUUGAAGCAAAAGAAGGAGAAAGAAAAGGAAAAGGAGAAGGAGAACAACAACAGCGGUGGCAGCAAGGAUCAAGAGUCUAGUCAACGAGGCAGCAGCAGCAGCAGCAGCAAUCAACAUCCAGAUCAGUUCAAGGAUUCCAACUCGACCGGCGGUAUGAAUACAAGAGACAAGGAUAUGGACGACAAUGCAGCCGAUCAGAGCAAAAAGAGAGAUCGCGAGAAGGAAAGAGAGAACGAUGAUGAGAACAAAGAUGAUUUCGGUGCACCGCCACCCGCCCAUAAGGUAUCACCUCCGUUCCAAUCGCAAGCACCAAUUAUCCAGAGAGAUUCUCGCGAUCACUCUCGAGAAAUGAGAGAGCAAAGAGACAGAGAGGCCAGAGAUCGAGACACCAGAUCCAGCAGUAGGAGAACGUAG